UUCAUAUUCUACAUUUUCGAUUGAUAAAAUAUGGUGAUACGAUUCAUUCAAUUCAAAAGCUGCAGCUACCUUUGAAACCAGCUGUGUUUUUGUUUGUUUCAGUUUUACCCUCUCCUCUUUUCCCUGUCUGUCUCGCUAUAAUACACACACGCCCACCACCCUUGUGGGUGUAUUCACACAUCUCUCUCCUUCCCUGCCUUCAAAGCUCUGUUUUUUGCUGCAUUAAUUCCAGAAAGCCCAGCCAUGAUUAAGAAAAUUAUUGUGAGAUUGGAGCUUUCAGAUUUCAGCGACAAACGUAAGGCAUUCAAGAGGGUAUCUACUCUUCCAGGAAUAGAUGAAAUUUCCAUAGACAUGAACAGUAAGCAACUAACAGUCAUUGGAAAGGUUGAUCCUGUGACUGUGGUAAGCAAACUGCGCAAAUAUUGGAAAACCGAGAUUAUCUCUGUAGGGCCCGCAGUUGUAGAACCCGAGAAGAAAGAGGAGGCGAAGAAGGAAGAACCUAAAAAAGAGGAGGAAAAGAAAGCGGAACCGCCUAAGGAAGAAGGUAAGAAAGAAGAGGCACCCGCACCCAAGGAUGAAACAAAGAAAGAAGAGGGGGAUGCAAAGAAGGCAGCAGAAGCACCACCACCGGCUGCACAACCCGUGAUGGUAAUGCCUUACAGGCAGUACUACUAUCCUCCAAUGAACACAUACUAUUAUGGUCACCACCACAGCAUUGAAGAGAAUCCUAAUGCUUGUGUCAUCUCUUGAAUCCACGGUGGGUCCUAUUGUAUCAUGUUUUUCUAAGGAAAGGACAUUUCUCUGAAACAGAUAUGUGUUUAAAAUUUAAACUAUGGGCCCUGUCAAUGGAGAUACUUGUCCUUUCAUUAGUAAAAAUGGCAUAUUUAUAUAUGGUAUCCCUCUUUUGUUGGUGUUGGGUUUUCUUAUUGGUACAAACCCAACUGAGGUCACAUAAAUAUAAGCCAAGAAGCUUACCAUUUGUACAGUAUUUGACGACGAUGAUGAUGUUCUAUUUUGUCUAUUCAUUAUCAAGUGUUGUGAAGAGAACCAAGUGAAAAUUGUGAAAUUAGCUUCAUUUGUGCAUUGUAUAUUUUGUAUGGGGCACUCUUGUCUUCCUAUAUUUGGAAACCAUAGUCAAUAUUAGAUGUUUAUAGCAUAACGUUUUCUAUUUGAUAGAACCUAUUUGCUUGUUCCUAAAAGAU